AAGACGACUUUUUUUGCGCGUGCGUGUGUGUGUGAAAAACAUGGCGUCUGACGAAGAGGAACAGGAUCUUGAAUCCUUGAGAGUAGCUGUCCUUGCAUCUCUGAAAGCAAAAUCGCAGCAAGACUCCCCCAACAACAAUGCUGCCUCUCAGAGCCCAACUAAUGAGCAGUCGGUCGUUAAAGAAGAGGAUGAGGAGGAGGUACUGGACGCCCUACGAAGAGCCGCUCUGAAAUCAACCAAAGAAAUCAGAUUAGAGGAUAUCCCUACACCACAGGCACCACAGCCUAAGUUCCAGCUGGAGGGGAACCUCAUCGCAAUCCAGACAGUACCUGAAGUGCCUAUCCCAGCCCCAGUCGAUCCAAACGACAAACCGAAGCUACCCCGUAACAACAAGUUUUCACGUUUUGCUUCGUCCGGUUCGGAUUCGGGCAGUGAUAGUGAGGAAGAUGGUAGCGAUGAUACGUCUGAUGGCGGAAGGAAAACCAAGAAGGCCUUCAACAGCGACAGCUCUAGGAGCUCUUCGUCAAACGGAAGCAGCGAUAGCAGUAGUAGUAGCGACAGUGAUCGCUCCUCGAGGUCCAACUCCAGCAGUAGGAGCAGCCGGUCCCGGUCAAGUUCAUCAUCGUCUUCUUCUUCAUCAUCUUCAUCUUCAUCUAGUAGCUCCUCAUCAGACAGCUCCGAUUCUGAUUCAGACGACUCUACAAAGGAACGUCAGAAGAAAAGAAGAAAUAACUUGGCCUCCCGUAGGAGGGAGACGAAUGAGAGGGGAAGAGAUGAGCGAGGGAAAGGCUCGAGGAACAAUGAAAGAUACCCUGAUCGAUCCGGACGUGACAGGGAUCGGGAAAGAAGGCGAGUUUCCCCUCAAAGAGGUUCAGGCAGAGAUAAUCGGCCAUCAAGACCCAGAUUACCGGGACAAGGUGACUCACGCAAUCACAGAGACAAUAUAAAAGGGUCCCAGAGGGAUGCUGACCGAUUCAGAACUCGAUCCAGAUCUCCUCGUUCGCGACGGGAUGGCCAGGGACUUCGGACACGUCCAGAUGGCACCCGUGGAUUUGGAUCUGGCGAAAGCCAAGUGCCUUAUUCAAAUCAUUCAUUGGAGUCGCGUCUGCGCAAGAUCGCAGGCACCGAUUCGGGUGGUGUGUCUAAGAUAAAAGAUGCCCGUGAAACUUUGUCAAGGAGGAAUCAAAGAGCUGGCGAAAAGAGACCAGAAAGAAGUAACCGUGAUCGAAACUCAAACACUGUCGUUGGAAAGGGUGAUGACAAGUCACCAAGCAAAGCAAAUAGUGCAAAGUCUAGAAACUCGUCAGUGGAUAGUGAUACCCAUACUGACUCUGAUAUAUCGUUUAGUGACCUGGAGAGUGAUUCUGACAAGGAGACCUCUCGGUUCAAACAUACCAAAGGUGAGAAACCUCAACAUGAACUUGGAAUUCGUCGGAGGCCACCCCCUCGACCGUUCAAGGAUGGGUUAGAACGGGACCGCAGACGCGAUGACCGCAGGAGAGAUGAUCGCCGGCGGAGAGAUGAUGAUGGACACAGGGAUGAGAGAAGGAGAAGGAGGGAAGAUGGCCGUAAAAAAGAUGAUCGAAUGGACAGAGACCGUAGCCGCAAACAAGAGGACAGGAAAGAGACAGAUCCAUCAAAAUCCCGCAACGGUCCUUUGUCCACUGUCCAACCUCUAAUGGCAAACAAAGAGGCUCGUUCCAAAGAGAGGAGUUCCAUUCCCUCUAAAAUUCCUUCACUUCUUGACAUCAAGGUGAGGAAUCCAAAACUCGGUGCUAGACUCGGAGUAGACCUGAAAAAAUCGCCCAGGUCCGACCAUGACAGUGCGGGUACCGCUAGGCUCCUUAAAAGCGCCGUCUCUGAAGAACGAUUCACGUCCCCGUCCAGGUUGAAAAAUCUGGAGAAAAAGUUUGAGAGCGAGUCUGGAUCGGAUGGUGAGGGUGUUCCCACUGGCCCUCGUAGCAUUGUCAAGGUUGAUAAAAAACGUAGAGAUUUAAAAUCUCGCUUGGGUGUACGUGCCGCUGCAGCGGAUGAAGAGAAAGGUUCUCCAAACGAGAAGGCUCACAAACGGAAAAGUGACAGAGACAGGCAACUUGCACCUGUUGAGUCGUCGCAGCGUGACAUAAGGAAGAGAAGAUCCAGAGAAAUGAGGGAAGAGGACAUCUCAGUGAAAACGAGAAAGAAGGAAUCCAGUCUUGACCACGGGGAUUCUAAGACAAGAUCUGGCAGUCCUGAAAUACGCGUCACAUUUAUUGAAGGUCCGCCAUCGAAACGGAAACCAGUUCAUGAGAGACUUGGGCUCAAAACGGCAAGUAGCAGCAAGCCUAGACGGUCUGUAAAAGAUCGCCUCGGGAAGAAGAUUCAUGACCUGAAGGAGGAACAUCCAAAGAAGCUCUCGAAGAACCCACUUAGUGUCUCGGGAGGCUUUGACGACGAUGAUCUACUGGACAGCCCAGCAGAGGUAGAGGUCGCCACCAAACCAAGACAGUCCGUUAUCGAACUCAAGACCAGAACUAAACAGGAUGUCGAGACAAAACGGAAGGCGGAGAAACACAAACAUCAGCUGGAAGAGGCGGAGAAGAAACAAAGAAGGAUUAAGAAAGAGAAGCGUCUUCGGGAGGAGAGCAAAGAGCAUCGUGAGGAGGAAAGAGAACAGCGAGCACAAGAUGUAGAAAUAGCGGAAGAAGGAAAGGAUACUGUGGAUGAGACUAAACAGAUGAAGGAGCUUGAAAAAUCUGUGAAGGAGAAUGAGAAUCAAGAUGGAAAAACGGACGAUAAGAACUCAGUUCCACAAAGUGAGACUCAAAACGAAAAGCGAGAGAUUGAAAAAAUUCAUCAUCCCGUUGAAGAUGCUAAAAAGGAGGUUUCUUUACGGGAGGUGAAGAGGAAGAAGAUCAAACUGAAGAGAAAUUCUGCUCAGAGUGUCGAGGAUGAUGGUGUGAGGGUCAGUGUGGAUAGAGAGGAGGAGGAGAUGCUGUUUGAAGACGAUGAGCAGCCCCGCAAAUUCAUCCAGUCACGCUCUCGUGCUGAUGACAGAAAAGUCAUCAAGGACUCCAGUGUAGAAGGUGAACAUUCUAGUCGUAAAUUUAUUGACAGGUCGGAGAGAAACAUUGUACAGGGAAAAGAUUACGACAAGUCCAAGAGGAAGAUCGUCUACGACGAUUACAAAAUGUCCGAGCAGGACGAGUACGAUGAGCCUCGUCGAAAUAUUUACCAGGAAGACUUGAGGCACUCUCACAGAAAAGUCUACCAGGAAGAUGAAGAUACGUUGAGGCGGAAGAUUUUCCACGAUGAUUCGGGCCCACCGAGGAGAAAGUUCCUGAAUGCUGAUUCUGAUUCUUCAAGGAGGAGGGUGUACCAGGCCGACCGAGGCCCCUCUAGGAGGAUGGUCGUCGAAGACUUGGAAAGGGAACCAUCCCAAUCCUUGAGCUAUGAGGACGUCCGGCACACUAAGCUCAGUCGCAGGGGUGACUUGUGGAAGCGGGGACCCAUCGAGGAGAGGACCAGGGAGGUGGAAGUCCGGAUGGAGCAGCAGGAGAGGCAGGCCAUCGAAGAGACGAAGGAAGCGGAAGCCAAGAGGUUGAAAGAGGAAGAGCUCAACGCUAGGAUACAGAAGAUUAAGAGGAAGAAUGCGGCCAUCUUGCAACGAUACAAUGAGAUCGAGGCCGAGAAGAUCAUGUUUGGCUCGUGAGACGAGUUGGUAUUUGAAAAUUGAACAUCUCAAAAGAUUGUAAAAAACAACUAAGGGCCAUGUCAAACGUGGCAGUUUUCAGGCAACCAGUUUCAGAUAAUCUCAAAGAAAAAAGUCAUUCACGUCUAAAUGUUCACAUAUUUUUUCUUUGUGAUCAUUGGGUGUUGUUUAAAAGUUAUUCAUGUGCUACAAAUGUGGUCCUGUAGCAUGCACUGCAGUUGGUUUUUUCAAAAUUGUUUUUACAAAACUGGGAUGCUCUGGUUUAACUUGCAUUUGCAUCUUAUAUUUCACAAACGAGAGAUAAAUGGUGCAAGCUGCAAAGUUUGAAAGCUUGAUAGCUGUGUUUGAGAUGUGCUUCUUGGUUCAAAGUUUUAAUAAACUUUUGUUCUAAACUACAGGCUUUUUGUUUUUCUUGUAAUUUUGUGUAAGCAGGCGCUUCUUGAAGUAAGAAUUCUUUUUUUCAAGAUCAAAGAUUUUUACAAAAUUUGUAUACUUUUUUUUCUGUUUCUAGUAUUUAGUUGGGCUGGAUUGACUAGACACUAGUUUUGCUAAACGCAUCUCCUAAUAGCUUUAAUGGCAAAGAAGGACAGUAUGGUGGUAAAAUUUUAAAUGGGACACAAUUUGUUUGUGUAUUUGAACUGGAUGUUCAAAACAUUUUUACUUAUCUUUAUUAUGUUGUGUUUGUUUAAGGAGUCAAACUGUUUGAUUUACACGACGUUGUAAAUGGUAGUCAGAUUGUUCAAAUUGUUUUAAAAACUGUGUUUGGUAUAUUUGCGCGUUGUUUGUAAAAAUUGUCAGAAAGUAGAAUUUUUUUGAUUGUACUGCCUGGACUGCAGUUGAGCUAGGUUUGAUUUUUUGUUCAAACCGCUGGACAUUCACAAUGGGUACUUUGGUUUGUGUUGAUCAAUGGUUGUUGGUUCGAAUCCCACCCGAGUGAUUUGCCUGUGAUUUUUUUCCCAUGGAACUCGAGGGGAAGUAUACGUUGCGCGGGUUCUCUGCUGUGCCACGAGGGUUUUCCAGACUAUCCGGUUUUCCUCCCUCAGGAAAAAAUCAAACACUUUCGA